GCGCGCGCGUGCCUUCUACUGCGUCUUCCUCGUCUUUUAUUGUCGUCGUCGUUGUCGUCGUCGUCUUUUAUUGUUGUUGUCAGAAAAGUUGUCGCCGUCGUACAAGCUACGAUCAGUUCAGUUAGUUAGUCGCAGUCGCCGUAACAACAACAACAACUUGCACUGCUCGGUGCGUUCGCGUUCUGAUCAUCAGCGUCAGUCACACUCGUUUGUGCGUGUCUCUCCCUCUCCGCCUCUGUGUUUGUGAUCGCGUAUGUGUGUAUGGUGUUCUUAAAUAUAUUUUUUCGAAAAAAAUGUUUUUUAACAAAAAUGCAAAAAUGUGCACUUCAAUGUAAACUACGUGUUUCCGAUUGUAAAAAGGGCAUUCAACAAAAACAUAUGUACAUGCAUGCAUAAGUACGAAUAUGUGUGUGUGUUAUACAUAUAUCGCAUAUACAAGUAUAAAAUAAAGCAACAACAAGAGUGCUAGGCCCAUAAUAUUAUUUUUAAUACCUUCCAACGCCUGCGUCCUACCCACCAACGGAACAGAUCGUCUUCCUGCCGAUCCGCCAACCGCCGAUCCGCCGAUCAACCAAUCCACCGAUUCGCCAUUCAUUCUGUGUUUUCGACGCCGCUGUUUGGUUCGCCGCAAUUACGGGCAACGCCACCAGUUAUGAAAUUUUGCUGAAAUAAUAAUACAAGAGAGAGCAAAAGGCCCCAAAAUAUGUUUAAAUGCAUUUAAAACGUGUUUACGGCGACAGCGUUGAAAAUACUUCACAAAAUUAAACUUUAGCGAAGCACGCAAUCGAAGCCAACAACAACAACAACAAGUCAGAUUUACAAAAUUAAAAAGCAAAAGCAGCAACAGCAACAACAACAACAACAACAAAAUCCAUAUCCAUACAUAAACUGUGGCAGACAAAAAAGCAAAAUUCAACAAAAAGGUGAUAAUGAUUAUUUCCAAGGAUCUUUUCAUAUUUGGCGAACAUAUUUUUGCAACAAUCAUACCAGAAGGUGGAAGCGCGCAGCAGCAGCAGCCGCAGCCGCAGCAGCCGCAACAACAGCCGGCAAUUAUAAAUACAACAACAGCAACAACUGCACCGCCAGCAGCAGCGACGUCAUCGUCGUUGUCGGCAAUAAACUCGACGGCAGGAGCAGCUGAACAAGUUGUAGAGUCAUUAAAAGCAGCCGCCGCAGCAGCAGCAGCAACAACAACUACAGCAGCAACAGCAGCAGCAGCAGUAGCAACAACAACAGCAACAGCAAAGCAGCAACUGCCAGCAGCAGUAGUUAAUACAAAAACGUCGUCGUCGUCGUCGUCGUCAUCGUCUCCGUCGUUGCUGUUGACUAAACAGGAAACAGUUGCAGUUGUUGCCGCCGCACUGCCCCCCAUCAGCAGCAACAGCAGCAGCAAUAACAACAACAACAACAACUACAACAACAAUAGUAACGUGGCCAUCAAUACCAAUAACUUGCGCGGCAUUAAAAAAUCUACAACAAAAAUUCAAAAAAUUCCAAAGGAAGCUGAAGAAUUGAAAACUAAGAAAAAGGCGCACAAGUGUGAAGUUGUUGGAGCUAAGUCGCAACAACAACAACAACAAGAACAGGCAGAAGCAAUGCUGCCACAAUCGCAACUAAAUUACUCCAAAAUGCCACAAAAUUUGCUGAGUCUAGAAAGUGUUGAGCCCGACACUAUGUCCGAUAACGAUAUGGAACAAGUACCGUUGGUGCGACCCCAGUUGGCCAAAAUUGUUGCUAGUGCUGGUGGGGGAGAUUGUCGCCUACAAAUUGAAGUGGACAGCAGUAUGCCAGUGACGCCAGUAGCCACAACUUCAACAACAACAACAACAAAUGCUACCAACUGCUCGUCAUCUUCGUCAACAUCGUCAGCGUCAUCAACCACAUCGUCCACAACGUCAUCAACUGGCUCCACAUCCUCAGAAUUUACGCACACAUCACAAACGACAAUACCAAGUACGGAUAAUCUGUCGUCCAAUGCCGCAAAUAUGGGCAAAAGCAUCUCAGUCGAUGCCAAAAGAGUCGACGCAACAACUCUGGCGUUUCCUUUUAUCAGUGUUGCACAGCAACAACAACACCAACAACUGGCAACAGCAUUGCCGCCACAACAACAUCUAAAACAUCACCAGCAACAACAACAACAUCACCAACAACAGCAACAACAACAACAACAGCCCACGAUACUGUUGACAUUUCAGAAUUUAAACGUCUUGCACAACGAACGUAAAAUACUUUCCGAUGUGAGUGGAUUAGUCAGUCCCGGCGAGGUGCUGGCCAUCAUGGGCCCCUCUGGCAGCGGCAAGACCACAUUGCUCGACUGCCUCAGCGGGCAGAGGCGUUUCGAUAGCGGCAGCGUUUACCUAAACCGCGAGCCGCUCUCCAAGAAGUGGCGACGAAAGAUCGGCUACGUGCUCCAGGAGGAGAUCUUCUUCACGCAACUGACGCUGCGCGAGACAGUCAUGUACACGGCGCUGUUGCGACUGCCCGAAUCGAUACCGCGUGCGGAAAAAAUGCGUCUGGUGGACCACAUACUGGAGACCUUGGAGUUGAGCCUGUGCCAGCAGACGAAGUUCGGAGAUUAUAUGAACCGUGGCCUCUCUGGUGGGGAGAAGAAGCGCGCGAAUAUUGCGUGUGAGCUGCUGACGAAUCCGCUGCUCAUGCUCUUGGAUGAGCCCACCUCCGGCCUUGACAGUCACUCGGCCAUUUCGCUCAUGAAAGUGCUCAAGCGCUAUGCGCGCGAAGAACAGAAAACUAUAGUGAUAACCGUUCAUCAGCCCUCGUCCCAGAUGUUCCACAUGUUCGAUAAGCUGCUGCUGCUCCAUCAGGGACGUACCGCCUACUUUGGCGAGGUGAACAACAUCUAUCGCCACUUUGAGGACAUUGGCGUGGCCAUCAAGCCGCACUACAAUCCAGCUGACUUUGUUCUGGAGCAACUAAAGUCGCAUCCGGACAUACGCGAGAAACUGUUUAUAGCUGCCAAGGAAUCGCACGGCAACUAUCUAAAUCGGAAUCAUCAGCACAAUCACAAUCACCAUCACAACAGCACGAAUGGCGGAUCAUCUGAGCUGCAGCUGAUCAGUGAUAAGACGAAGCAACACGACACCAUUCUAAUCAACGAUAUAAUCAACAACUACUACAAUCAUCAUCAGCACCAAUACGAAAAUCUACAUCACACAUCGGGUGGUUGCGAGGCCGAGGAGGCAGCCCAGCACCUGGUUUGGUGCAACGCGGACUCGCAGUCCAAUUUCAGUUCCUGCGCCUCCAGCGAUUGUCAGUCGUAUAGUGCAGGUGGCGGCAGCGGUGGGGAUGGCAAUCAGGAGUGGUUGGCCUAUCCCACGCGCUUCCACACCCAAUUCCGGGUGCUAUCCAGUCGAAACUUCAAAGAGGCCAAGCCACGCAUGCUGUCCAAACUGAAUUGGUUCCAAACUAUUGGGCUGGCGCUGAUGGCGGGCGCCAUCUGGUUUCAGCUGCCACGCACCGAAGAAUAUCUGCAUGAUCUGCAGGGCUGGAUGUUCUUCUCGCAAACCUAUUGGAUGCUCUUUGCGCUCUUUGGUGCGCUCAAUUCAUUCCCCUCGGAGCGCGAGGUUAUUAGCAAAGAACGACGCUCGGGCGCAUAUCGUUUAUCCGCCUACUAUUUGGCCAAAAUGUGUGGGGAGCUGCCCCUAGUUAUAACGUUGCCCACCGUCUACCUCAUGAUAAGCUACCCCAUGUUGGGCUGUACCAGCUUGAAGUUGUUCUUUUUGAUGCUAAUUUUUCUGCUGCUGAACACAAUUGUGGCGCAAAGCGUGGGCUUCUUCAUUGGGGCCUGUUGCAUGGACAUGAAUGUCAGCAUCACGCUCAGCGCACUCUACACGCUGGCCACGCAGCUCUUUGGCGGUUACCUUUCGUCACGCAUUCCAGAAGGCCUUAGCUGGAUACGCUAUACGUCGAUGAUACACUAUGCAUACCAGAAUAUGCAAAUACUGGAGUUUCGCGAGGGCCCACCCAUAAGCUGCGGAUCACCCAGUAGCUAUGAGAUAUGCAAACAGCAUACUACUAAAUUCAUUCCAUAUGAGGAAAUACUCAAAGCCCAAAACUCCACAUCACCACUCUGGCUAAAUACGCUCAUACUGAUGAUGUUCUUUAUGGUGUUUCGAGGUCUGGGUUAUGCGGUGCUGCGCUAUUUGCGUUGCCCCAAAAAGACGUGAUAUAACAGACAACAACCAGUGAUACGUAAUUGCAACCCCAUAUUCGCGAUACAACUAACUCGUUACCCCGCUGCCCUCCUCCUCCUCCACCUCAAGCUCUACGCCUACGAUCCUUUUCACACGAUGAACAAAUAUUGCCACUGUUGGGCGAAACGCUGUCGCAUCCGCGUUGGUCUCCACAAUGUGAUUUCAAAUUAUAGCUAUGUGGACAGCGACCGUUUAUUAUUAAAGUUAAAUCUAGCAGAUAUAUUAUGUAUCCACUAUUAGAAUAUGCAAGAUACUACACUAAAUACACAUACGAGUACGAGUAUAUAUGUAUUGCCAAAGGCAUGCCCGUUUAUCUGGCCAUGCUCCCAGAAUGUUUGUUGCAUUGAAAAAGUAAAUUUGUUUUUGUUUUAAUUCCUUUUACUUGUUAGCCAUUUGCAUAUACUAUAUACUAUAUAUAUAUAUAUAAUAAUAUGUUGGCGCUAACCGAUUAUUUUAUUCAUAUGAUAGAGAGAAAAAAUUUAUAUUUUAAUGUAAAUUUUAAAAA